AUGUUGUCCUACUCUUGCAAUCCUUCAGCAACUCCUCCCUCUGGCAAGCCCUCCUCUUGGACAUGGCGAUGCCGCCACUGCAAUUCGACCUGGAGGCUCGCCGUCGCCCGGCGCUGUCUCCGCUGCCUCAAGACCAAGACCGUGGGUGGCAUCAACAUGAUCGGUCAUUCUCGCACAAGCCCGGAAAGACGCCGACAUUGCAUUAAGAAGCAUCGCGGCACCCGGCCAGCUGAGAACCACGACUACGACUACUGGACCGUCCACAACGACUGGCGACGCUUCCGCUCCGCAUACAAUGCCAACCCCGAGGAGUGGAAACAACAGAACAAGAAGGAUCUCGCUGGACUGAGAGGCGAGAAGCGCCGGGUCAUGAAGACGCAGAUUGAGACCAAGCGACGUACCGAAAUAACACAGCAGCGCCUGGAGCGAAUGAUGAGCAACACACACAACUGUGAGAUCGACUGCGACUACCCAAGCCAGUGUCACUCGGAAAGAUUUGAAGCAUUCAUGAACAGACCCGACGAGGUGAUCGCUGGCACAAUGGCCAUGGGGAUUCCAGUGUACGGCGAAGACGGCGAGGAUGUCGGCAAACUUCCUCUGUGCGGCCUUGUCCCAGAAUUUGAUCAAGAAAUCACAGGCUCAGAAGAUCUUGACAACGAAGAUGAAAUCCUUGCCGCCUAUGAAGACGAUGAAAAAGACGACUGGUUCGCAGCAUCCCAGAUUUCUCCCGACAGCAGUGAUGAGGACGAAGGGGAACAAGGAGAGGAGCGUGACGACGAUGAGGACACCGCGGACUGGUGA